AUGCUGCAUUUGGCUGCACUCCAGGGCUUUUCAAAACUCGACGAUCCCCUGGAGUCUAUCCUAACAAUCCUGGAGAGCUGUCCUAGCAAACAAAAAGGUCGGAGCCACACCCUUGGCUUCCAUAUCCUUAAGGAAUUCCAGACAUGGAUGAAAGAACAUUCUCAGGUGAGCUUGAGUUGUCUACCAGAACAAAAAGUGCUUUCACUACAGCAACAAGCCCUGCGCUUGCUCACGGCCACACAACCAAACUCUGCAGAUGCUCUAAUAGAAAUCUACGAUCUGGGCUCUAUGGAUCCUGCAUUGCUCAGAUUUCAGAUUUCCAGGCUGCACACACUCCACUGCUAUAAAGAGGCACUUGAUGUUGCCAUUAAACUGAAGAUGCAGAAUGAACUAAUGAUGGAGGAGAUGUGUGUACCACUCAUCUUGCAAGAUAAGUUGUCGGUGGUAGAGUCGUACGUAAAAGGCAACAAACACCUCGAACAAGCACUUGUUGUUCUCCUGGACUCUUGGUGCCAUCAAAACUUUGACGUGAACCAAAUAAUUAGGCAGUUUCCGAGGCUCUCCCUGUCAAGACAUCACAUGGGAGGAAUUCGACCCAAGAUGCUCACAAAGCACGUUAUAAGACUUAUGGAGAAGUUCAAUAUUGAUCAAGCACUGUGUCCUAAUGCCCUGUAUAAGAGGAGACUAGACUCCUUACGUUACCUCAUGUACAAGACAUUUGUGGAAAAUGGAAUGUCUGAAGAAAACUGGAGUGAGCUUGUGCAGACUAUCAUAAGCGAUAACUUGGAGCUUCAGAUUCAGCUGGUUGAGAUGCUUGUGAGGUAUAGUUCUCUUCGCAAAGCAGCUCAGUGGUCGAUCAGAUACAACAUCCCUCAACACCGCUUACCCUGCAAUGUUUGGGAAACUCAGCGGACAUUACCGGACCAUUUACGGCACGUUAUUCUGGACUCCAUCCCAAGUGAUGACUGGGUGCCAUCCUCAGAGCAUUUUGUGAGGUUUUACCAGGUUCCUCUUACUAGAGACAAAGUUAUAUUUGUGGACACUCCAGAGGCUCUACAGAAAUAUCAACCUUUGUUACUGAAGGAGGGUGUUGUGGGAGUGGAUAUGGAGUGGCAACCAACUUUUGGUUGUACUGUUUCAACUCAUCCAGAGACCAUACAUUUUAUUAGGAAGCUCUUCUCUGAUCCAAACAUUCUUAAACUAGGGUAUGGUACAUCAGGUGAUCUCAAGUGUCUCUUGGCCACCUGGAACCAGUUAAUGGAUCCGCCUCUCAAAGUGGAAGGAGUCUUGGAUCUUCUCACUGUUCACCAAAACAUGCUGCGUAGUAAGAAGAACAGGACACAGAAUGGACCCAAAAAGGUGCUGGUGGGCGAAGAUUCGGCAGAGAAAGGCCUCAGUCUGAUGGUGCAGCAGGUCCUCGGACAUCCCCUGGACAAAAGUGAACAGAUGUCCAGCUGGGAAAAACGGCCACUUCGCGUCAGCCAAAUUAGAUAUGCAGUGGCUGAUGCGUACUGUCUGCUCGAUGUCUACAAUGUCCUGUCAAGUCGACCUGCAGAUUUUGGAUUGCCUUCAGACUUGCGCACCGUUUCAACAGCAAAUGCCCAAGAGAAAAAGGAAAAGAAUGAAGACGAGAAAAGCAAAGAGGAAUGUCAUGGGGCUCAAAGGGUCAGCUCCCCCAGUUCUGCUGCAGAGAAAGGCCUUCUGUGUGGUGAGUGGUCCAGUGUGGACCACCCCCCUGUAACCCCACAACAGUUCCGGGUGGUGUGUGACAACAUGCUGCAGGGGCUAGGCAGGGCCCUGCGCUGCCUGGGAGUGGACGUGGUGAUGUUGGAGAACACCGAUGACCACAAGAAAGCAGCAGAGUUGGCUCGUCGAGAAGACCGUGUCAUUCUGACUUGUGGACAGCCCUACCAAACUUUGCGGUCUCAAGUGGGUGAAGGUCGCUGUCUGUUGCUUAACUGUUCUGAGAAGGCGAGAGACCAAGCCAUCCAUGUCCUCAAACACUUCAACAUUCAGCCAACCCCGAGUGACAUAUUCAGUCGCUGUCAGGCUUGCAACAAUGAUGAGUAUGUGGCAGUGCCCAGAGGAGAUAUGAUCAAAAUGCUCAAACAAAGAGGCUUCCUCCAGGACCAGGAUAUAAACGCGAGUGAUCAAAUGUCACAACAGGAUCCUUCCACAUCCAGCUCUGCCCUUCCCCGGUACACGCACCAGUGUCGGUGGGCUCCUCUGUCGAGCCUGAACCCCCACAGCCUGACCUUUCCCAGUGGGGCCCCCAUCCAGCUCCAUGCGGUUCCUCCCGGCCUCCUACCCACGAUCCCAGUCUUCUACGUUUGCACCAGAUGUGGGAAAGUGUUCUGGGAUGGAUCACAUUUUGAGCGCGUGCUGUCCAUGUUUCAGGACGUCCUUCACGUCACAAACCCAGAGAACCAGGCAGCUGCAGCUCAAUAA